GUUAUAAGAACUUAAAACAAGAGAACCAACCAAGAGUGUGUUCAUCAAAUAAACUUGAAGGGCUGUUUUCUUUCUUCAAGAGAAAUCAAACCAUGGUGGUGAAGUUGUACGGUCCCACUUGUGCUUCAUCAAAGAGGGCUCUGGUUUGCUUGAUUGAGAAGGAAGUUGAAUUUGAGGUUGUCCCUGUUGAUGUCAGCAAGGGUGAACACAAAGAUCCUGAAUUCCUCAAACUACAACCCUUUGGAGUUGUUCCUGUCAUUCAAGAUGGAGAUUACACCUUAUAUGAAUCUAGGGCUAUAAUGAGAUAUUAUGCUGAAAAAUACAAAUGUCAAGGCACUGAAUUGCUAGGUAAGACAAUAGAAGAGAGGGGUAUUGUGGAACAAUGGGUUGAAGUUGAAGCAAAUAAUUUUGACCCAUGGGCUUAUAAAUUGGCCAUUCAUGUUCUGUUUUCUUCAAUAAUUGGAAUCACUCCUGAUCCAAAGAUCAUUGAAGAGAGUGAAGCAAACUUAAGCAAAGUUUUGGACAUUUAUGAAGAGAGGCUUUCAAAGAGUAAGUAUUUGGGUGGUGAUUUCUUUAGCCUUGCUGAUAUUAGCCACCUUCCAUUCAUUGAUUAUAUUGUCAACAAUAUGGGGAGAGAGUACUUGAUCAAGGAUAGGAAGAAUGUUAGUGCAUGGUGGGAUGCUAUAAGUAAUAGACCUUCAUGGAAGAAGGUUCUUGAGCUCUAUAGAGCUUCGAUCUAGUGGAUCGUAUCGCUUAAGGAGUGUUAUCAUUGCAAAAAAAUGCUAUGUGCAUACAAAAUAUCAGUCACCAUAUGCAUUUUACAAUCUAAUAUGUGUUUUAUUAGAAUAGUUAAUUUGGUGAGUGAUUUUUGGUAUAGACAUAUCAUGAUUGAUCAAUAUCUAUGUAUGUGUUGUGAUAGAAUAAGAUUAGUGAACUAUCUUUAGAAAUAUGUAACAUAGGCUGCGUUUAUUUUCAGGAACAGAACACUAAGAUAAGGAUACGAAAACAUAAAAUCUAUUUGAUAGAUGAAAUAUAAAUAGAGAUAUUGUGUCAAAAAAUAUUGAAUUAAUGUAUUUUGUGUCUAUCCUCAAAGAAAGAACACAGAGACACAACUUAUUUUUUAUUUUUUCUUUCAUUAUUGAGUGAAUAUCCUACCCAACCCCUGACAAUUAUCUCAAAACGACAACAAGGUCCCCAAGAAAAAAAACACUAAAUUCGGCCCUUGAUCUUUUUUUUUGACUGAUUAGU